AUGUCUACUACGCAAUGUAGUGAAAGUAUGCAUGCCUUUUUCGAUGGGUACAUAAAUUCAAAAACGACAUUAAAACAAUUUGUAGAACAAUAUGAGAAUGCAGUGCGUGAUAGAGUCAAAAAAGAAAAUGAGGCUGAUUUCAAAUCGAUCAAAUCAUGGAUCCCUUGUAUAAGCAUUUAUCCUAUGGAGAAACAAUUUCAAGAGGCUUACACUACUGCAAAAUUCAAAGAGUUUCAAAAAGAGCUUGCAGAUAAGCUCCACUGUGAGAUAUAUUCUUUGAAGGAUAUGGAGUCCAAAAUUGAAUAUGUUGUGAAGGAAGAUGUAAUGGUUGGAGAGACAUACCGUCAGGUUCCAUUUGUGGUUUGGUCUGAGAACCGUUGUUCUGAGUACAUUUUAAGGUGUUGGAGGAAAAAUGUAUUCAGAUGCCACACGAAAGUUAGGGUAAGUUUUAAUAGUUUGAGAACUAGUGCUGAAGGUGAACGAUUUGAUCAAUUGUCUAAUUCAUUUAGUGAGGUGGCAGACUUGGCAUCAACCAGUGUUGAUGAUUGUAAUAUGGUGAUGCAAAUGAUAAGUGACAUGAAGAAGAAAUUAUUGUUGAAUGACAAUGUUGGGGGGAUUGAUAGAAGCGUUUACGUUGCAUGUAAAAGGAAAAUUAACUUUGAUAGUGUUGAUUGCACUUCUGUACAAGUUAGCAAUAAAAUCAUGACUCCACGGGCUGUUUGUUCUAAAGGUCGACCUCCAGUCAAAAGAAAGCAAUUCAAGGCCGAGCAAAUUGUUCGGAAAAGGAAGAAAUUGCUUAACCAAGUGAAUGGUUAUAAUGACAUGUCAGUAAGUUUGAGGCCAUCACUUGGAGAUGCAUAG